AUGUCACUAAAAGUGAUUGUAGUUACAUAUAUUUUGUUUCAAGGUCAACCAAGUGCUUGUGAAGAUGCUUAUCAAACAGUCUCUGAAAUUGUCUCACACAGUGGGUACCCAGUCCAAGUCCACCACGUGACUACCUUUGAUGGCUAUAUCCUAGCCCUCCAUCGAAUCCCUCACGGUAGAAAAAACACCCUCUCGAACAAACCCGUGCUGAUGCUCCAAGGAGCCUUUAUUGCUGCAGUGGGGUUCGUUUUUACGGGGGUGGACCACGCUUUGGGUUAUUUGUUAGCCGAUGAGGGCUACGACGUGUGGUUGGCCGACGUCCGCGGCUGCCACAGCUCCCGCAACCACACCACCCUCAACCCAGACACAGACCCCAAAUUCUGGGACUUCAGCUGGAACGAAAUGGCCACUAUUGACGUCCCAGCGAUGAUCGACUACGUGCUACAAACCACCAACCAACCCAACCUCUACUACGUGGGUUAUUCCCAAGGUAGCGCCCUCCUCUUCAUCACCAUGUCGCUCUACCCGGAGUACAACACCAAAGUUAGAGUCCACGUGGGACUGGCACCUGGUGGAUACAUCGACACGAAAAAAAUCAACCCUUUGCACAUUUUCGCCAACAGUAACGACCUCUUGAACACGUUUCUGGAAAGAAUAGGAAUGAACGAACUCCCACCACCGAUUUACACGUUCGCGCAGGGGGCGACAUGCAGAGUCAGUCCAGACUUUUGCAGAUUCUUGUUAAUGACUGUAUUUAGGUAUAAACCAUCGGAAGUGAACUCGACGAUUGUGACUAGUUUUUUGAAGCAUUUUCCGGCUUCUGCUUCUAGGAGACAGACGAUUCAUAUUCUUGGGUUGGUUAGGUCUGGGUUGUUUAAGAUGGAUGAUUUUGGUGCGGGAAAUGUUGAGGUGUAUGGUACUUCGACUCCUCCGUUGGUUAAUUUGGGGGCUGUUACGGCAAAGACUCACUUGUUUUGUAGUGAUGAUGACGAUAUAGUGUCGGAUUUUGACGUUAGUAGGUUGUGCGAGGAGUUGGGUGCUUGUGUUGAGAAGCAUUUAGUGACAGAAGGUACCAUUAAGCACUUGGAUUGGUUAAUGGGGCCUAGAAUACGGGAGUUGGUUUAUUCGAAACUCGUAAAAGUUAUGGCUCAAAGCAAGGGGAUCAUUAUUUGCAGAUUAUUAAGUCGGGGUACUUUCAGAGGUACGAUUUUGGGAGAAAGAAGAAAUGAGGAAGUGUAUGAGGCUCCGCUGCCUCCUGGGUACAAUUUGUACUUGGGUACUACACAGUGCCAUUUAUUUCAUAGCCAGGAUGAUUUUGUAAUGUCUGCCUAG